AUGCUUCCCGGUAAUGGAAGUUUUGGCAAAGGGACCAUAGAUUUGGGAGGUCUUGAGGUUACACAAAUCUCCAUCUCGAACACAACAGCACAGAGAGUAUGGAGAACAUAUGAAGGAGGAAGAGACGACAUGGGAUUCAGCAUCUUUGAACAUAUAAAUCUUCCUCCCAACGUCUCCAAACUUGGCUUCUAUGCACAACCAAACAACCAGAAGCUUUUCGGUUGGAUUCUUGUUGCAAGAGACGUAUCCGGAAGUAAUCUAAGACCACCAGUCGAUUACAUUGAAGUCGGAAACACUAAAUCGCUGGAUAUCAAACAAGACGGGCCCGCAUAUUUUUGGCAGCCGGUAUGUCCAAAUGGAUAUCAAGCGGUUGGUUUGUUUGUCACCACUUCUCCUGAAAAGCCUCCUCUUAAACAAGAAUCUAUAAGUUGUGUUCGAUCUGAGUUUACGGAACAGAGUGAAGCCGAUACAGUUGUAUGGGGAACAGAAGAGAUAAGUGUUGUUACUUUGAGACCGAUCAAGAGAGGAACACAAGAAACAGGUGUGUACACAGGAACGUUCCAUUUUCAAAAACUAAAUCCUACUCCUCCUAUUUCUUUAUUCUGCUUAAAAAAUACAAAACUUGACAUGUCGUACAUGCCAAGCAACGAUCAAACUAGGGUUUUGUUUCAAACAUACUCUCCUUUGAUAUAUUUCCACCCAAAAGAAGAUUUUCUUCCUUCGUCCCUUGAUUGGUUUUUCUCAAAUGGUGCAUUGUUGUACCAGAAAGAUAACGAAUCAAACCCUGUCCCUAUACAACCAAACGGCUCGAACCUUCCACAAGGCGGUUCCGACGAUGAAUCAUUCUGGUUAGAUUAUCCGGUGGAUGAGAAGGCAAAGGAAAAUGUUAAGAGAGGAGACUUAGGAAACACCAAAGUGUAUCUACACAUCAAACCAAUGUUCGGAGGCACUUUCACUGACAUUGUUGUUUGGAUAUUCUCUCCUUUCAACGGAAAUGCACGUCUCAAGUUUUUAUUCAUGACCCUGUCUUUAGGAGACAUUGGUGAACAUAUUGGAGAUUGGGAACACGUUACUUUACGCAUCAGCAACUUCAACGGCGAGUUAUGGCGAGUCUACUUUUCUCAGCAUAGUGGAGGAGCUUUAGUGGAUGCAUGUGAUCUAGAGUUUGAGAGUGGAAACAAACCAGUAGUAUACUCGUCGCUUCACGGUCACGCAAUGUUCCCAAAACCUGGACUUGUGCUGCAAGGCGAGGGCAAGAACGGGAUAAGAAACGACAUGGCAAGAAGUGAUAAGUUGUUGGACUGUGGUUUGGGAUAUGAGGUGAUUUCAGGAAUUGGCGUGGUUGAGCCACCGUGGACGAACUAUUUAAGGAAAUGGGGGCCGCAUGUACGUUACAACAUUGACAAGAUUCUCGACUCUUUCGCUAAGAUUUUGCCGGGAUUUAUAAGGAAACGUUUUCGAAAUUUUAUUAGCAAGAUUCCACGAGAAAUGCUUGGUGAAGAUGGUCCUACUGGUCCCAAAGUCAAGGCAACUUGGACCGGUGAUGAAAAAGCGACGAAGAUGAUCGAGGUGGUGCUAAACGAUCGUCUGGGGAAGAAAGUGAGGGUGAAGUGCAACGAAGAUGACACGAUCGGUGAUUUGAAGAAGCUUGUCGCAGCUCAGACCGGUACGCGAGCCGAGAAGAUUCGAAUUCAGAAGUGGUACAACAUCUAUAAGGAUCAUAUCACUCUCAAGGACUACGAAAUCCACGACGGCAUGGGUCUCGAGCUUUACUACAAUUAG